AGGGAGGAGAGGAGGCGCAGCAGACGUGCCACAGCUAAAUAUCGUUUUGCACAUGCCUCCAGGGAGAGGGUUCGUGUUGUGGCAUUCAACAUGGCAUUUACGGAGCUGAGGAACCUCCUCCCGACUCUCCCACCUGACAAGAAGCUGUCCAAGAUUGAGAUCCUGCGACUGGCUGUAUGUUACAUCUCUUACCUCAACCAUGUGCUGGAGGUUUGAGGAAUAUACGCAGCAAAUAAACAGUAAAUGAAUGGAACUAAUGCAGGUCUCUUACAGAGAACAGGACUGGACACUGUUUCAAAAUGUAUCUUUUGACAUAAACUUCUUUUAUGAGCAAAGAUGUGUUCGGGUGUGGCUGCAGGGGCUCCACCUUGUGGCAGCUGAGGGAUGUAGCAUCUUAACACAACAGUAACUUUGAACAUGCUGUAGCAAACUUUUUUUUAUGAGCAGGAAUGCUAAGAUAAAUGUUGUGCUUCACUCGUGCAAUUACAAUUAUCUUUUGGAACAAUAAACUGAUGUGGAACUCCUGGACUGACCUGCAUCAGUGGACAGUAGCAUCAAUCAACGUCUGUGGGGAGUUUUGAAACGCUUUAUCAUCAACAGCUUAAUUUAUCCUUCAAUGAAAUGAUUGUUGUAAGAAUUUCUAAAAAUAAUGAGAAUUAGUUCAACAGUUCAGUUAUUAGAUUAAUAAUUUUGAAAAAUAAACUACUAAAAGAAACUAUUUUUUCUAAUGAAUCAACUGUGGCACAAUGAGCAUCAUUUUGAUUUCUAAAUAAAUUUAUAAUAAUCUAUAUUCUUCAGUAAAAAUUUUGUUGAGAUAGAUUUAUUGACAUUUUCUGGAAGAAGCAUCAUUUAUUUACUGCACUGAUUGUGGAUGGGGAUCCUGUAGGACUUAUAUUAUUAUG